AUGUUAAAGGAAAACGAUGAUUUCAUUGUUUCUGUCAGCGCAUCAAAUUUGUUAAUUUGGAAUGUUUUAAGUGAUCGAAGGGAUCGGUACGGUAUGGAACGACUGAGUGUGUUAUUGGAAGAAAAUGUACAGACAGAGAUGAUCAGAGAUGAGAGAAUUACGCAACCAGAGGGGGGUGCAAAACCCCAAGAAGGAAUUGUCAAUGACCCCCAAACUGAUUAG